AUGAAGAAAGUGAGGAUGGUGAGGAACAGAAUGCAGGCUUCCCAGAGUAUGCAAAAGGCCUAUGCGGACCGUAGGAGGAGGCCCUUCGAGUUCGCAGCUGGCGAUCAUGUGUUCUUCAGGAUCACGAGGAGGGUUGGACCAGUGGCUUAUGAGAUAGCUUUAACCCCUCAGUUGGCAAACCUUCAUCCGGUGUUUCAUGUGUCACAGUUGAGAAAGUAUUUGUUCGAUCCGACCCACGUAUUGCCAGCUGAGGAUAUACAGAUCAGAGAGGACCUUACUGUGGAAGUACCACCCAUCGCGUUAGAGGACAACAAAGUUGAGGAACGCCGAGGGGAGACGGUCAGUCUUGUCAAAGUCAUAUGGGAUCGGAGGACGGGUGACUCUACUUAG